AUUUGAAGUAGAGUAUAUGCCUCAUUAUCCAGAGGAGAUAGAAUAUUCUGACAAAUAUUUUGAUGAUUAUUAUGAAUACAGACAUGUUAUCUUGCCCAAACACAUAUUCAAAAAAAUUACUAAAGGAAAAUUGUUAAAUGAAAUGGAAUGGAGAGCAAUUGGAGUACAACAAUCUAGAGGAUGGGCUCAUUAUGAAACUCAUAGACCUGAACCUCACAUCUUAUUAUUUAGACGCCCUAAAAAUACUGACCCAAAUACUGGUUUACCACCUCCCGGAUUUAGUGCGCCAUAUUGAUAGUUAAAUAUUGAAUAUUUAAAAUUAACAAAAGAACUCCAAAUUAGAAUCCAAGAAGAUAAUGAGUUCUAAA